GUGAUUAUAGGCAUCGGAUCGUCACAGCGAUGGAUGAAAGCGACGUGUCUUCGAGUGAUGGCUUGGAUCUGGUGGUGAACCUAAUGAACGAUGUCUCCCACAAAGACAGUAUCACUUUUGAGAUUCUUCAUGUGGUGAAAGAGGGUCAGAGCCAACACGGCCUCAAACAUGGAGACUAUCACCGGUACAGACAGUACUGCAGUCGACGCCUUCGCAGAAUCAGACGCUCGUUGAACUUCGUUCAGACCACUGGUAAGACUCGGCCCACAUUCCAGCUGAAGGACGUGACCAAUGAGAUGGUGAUGUCGGCCCAUAAGGCCAAGAAAGACCCGCUGCGGUACCUAAUGAUACCAUUGAUGUGCGCUGAGAGGAGUUGGUCGCACGCUAUGCAACUCAAACAGGAGGCCAACACUGAGCCGCGCAAGAAGUUUCAUCUGAUCCGCAAAUACAAGAAAGCCGUGAAAUACGCGCAGAGUUUGCAAACCAUUUGCAACUCGAGUCCAACCAAAUGUGACGCCCGGACUAAACUCGAGUCCAGUGCUUACGCCUCAUACCUGACGGGACUCUUCUACUUCGAGGCCGAAGAGUGGCUUAAAGCCAAUGAAUUACUCAAGAAAUCGCAGACUAUUUAUGAGAAACUAUUUCAGGCGAUCGCUGACGAAGAAGUGGCCGUUUAUUACAGACAACGAUGCGAUGAAAUCAAACCUACGCUCAGAUAUUGUGCGUUCAAUAUUGGAGACCAAAACAUCGCGACUCAAGACUUAACCAAAAUGCAGAGCGAAGCCAAUGAAGCGGACGACCAGUUAUUGGCCAAUAAAUUAGAUCAUUUAAUACUACAAACCCGUGAGAAACAGUCGGUAACUCUGAGUGAAGUCCAAUGGUUGGGCAAAACGAUUGCUGUUAAACAAGAGAAGAUCCGCGCGUUUCUUCUUCUAAUGCAGGACUCGGUGUCCAACCCAUUGACACGAGUCUCUCAAUUCGAGAAAAUGAUUUUUGAAUGCCGUGAUUGUCUCCAACUCUUGAGGGAAUCAAAUCAAGAGAAGUCUCUGUUAUACAACUAUUUGUCUUAUCUAAGACUUGAUCUGACAGUUGGGCGUAAUCUACAACUCAUUAAAUCGCUCAAAAACUCGUCAGAAAUGGUCCGUCCGUUUGAGAUAAUAAUCGGUUGUUUAUCAGAGAUCCAAGGCUUGCCUUUAGAUCAAUAUUAUUCUGCCAGUGAUUCAGUGGAAGAGUUUCAACAACUUAUUGAAGCAAAAAUUGUUGCGUUUAAAGCUUUCCGGUGCUAUCAUAUCGGAAAUGUGACUAAAAAUGGUUGGAAAGAGUCGGUCGCACUUCUACACCGAUCGGCACAGUAUUGCGAAUCCGCUCUCAGAGACAAAAACACUCCAAAAGAAAUGGUACCAGAAUUGACUCAAUUGAUGGCCAGAGCAGAGUCUGAGAAGUUUACCAUUUAUGCCAAUAAUCUGAUGAAAGAUGAAGUGGUGCCUCAAACCAAAGUUAAGACAAACAACAUUCCACCGUUAGUGAACCGUUUGGACACAUAUUACGAGGACAACGAGUUAGUGAGCGGUUCCUCAAGUUUGGCUCAAUUUCCGCCGCAAUUCCAACCGAUUCCAUGCAAACCAUUGUUCUUUGAUUUGGCUCUCAAUCACAUCACUUUCCCCUCAUUAGAGGCAGAAAAGGCUAAUCCAAAGAACUCUGGAAUUACAGGAUUCGUAAAGGGAUGGCUCGGGGGUUGGCGUAAAUGAUGUCAUUAUCGACAAAAUUUUUAUCAAAUUUUGCUAUUUUGCGAACAAUUUCUCAAAUAAUUAACUAAUUUAAUUAUGUAUUGAACUCGACAUCAAAUAAACAUUUUAUAAAAUA